AUGGGCAAUCUCGGAGCGAAUCCGGCGAACUUGUGCCCGCUCACGCUGCUGGGCUUCCUGGAGCGUGCGGCCACCGUCUUCAGCGACUGCCCCUCCGUUGUGUACCACGACACGGUCUUCACCUGGUCCCAGACACACCGACGAUGCCUCCGGCUCGCCUCCGCGCUUGUCUCCCUCGGCAUCUCCCGCGGUGACACCGUGUCCUUGCUGUUGCCGAACGUCCCGGCCAUGUACGAGAUGCACUUUGGCGUGCCCAUGAGUGGCGCCGUGCUCAACAACAUCAACACCCGCCUGCACGCGCGCACAGCCGCCGUCCUGCUUCGCCAUUCUGGCUCCAAGCUCGUCUUCGUUGACCCGGCGUCUCUAAUGCUCAUCAGAGACGCGCUUCCGGCUACUCCCGCCGGGGCGGUUCUGCCGAGGCCGACGUACCUAUGGACGCUCCCCAUGUUCCACGCCAACGGCUGGAGUUUCCCGUGGGGGAUGGCUAUGGUGGACGCCACCGACGUCUGCCUCCGCCGCGUCAACGCUGCCACCGUGUACGCCGCCAUGGCGAGCCAUGGGGUCAUCCACCUCUGUGGCGCGCCCGUCGUGCUUAACAUGCUGGCCAACGCCCCCGAGGGCGUGCGACGGCCACUCCCAGGAAAGGUGCGCAUCCGCACGGCUGGCGCGCCACCGCCAGCAGCAGUGAUACAGCGCACAAAGGCCAUUGGCUUCGAGAUCAGCCAUGGGUGUGAGUGGGACAACUUCCCAACGUCGGAGCGUGCACGACUGAAGGCGAGGCAGGGCGUGCGCACGUCGAGCACGGGCAAAGUCGACAUCAUCGACAGGGAAACCGGCAGUAGUGUGCCCCGCGACGGCUCCACGAUGGGAGAGAUCGUGUUCCGCGGCGGCUGCGUCAUGCUCGGCUAUCUCAAUGACGACGAGGCGACAAAGGCGGCAAUACAUCCGAGACUGUUCCAAGGACAUGAUCAUCAAGCUGGCGAGAACAUCAGCAGCGUGGACGUCGAGUCGGUGCUUUACAGUCAUCCGACGGUGAAUGAGGCAGCCGUGGUGGCACGACCAGACGAGUUACGAGGCGAGACACCGUGCGCAUUCGUCAACCUCAAGGACGAUGCGGCGGACACGGUGACCGCGACGGACUUCACUGCGUGGUGCCGGGAGCGCAUGCCACAGUACAUGGUGCCCCGAACGGUUGUCUUCCGAGCUGAGCUGCCCAAGACCUCCACCGGCAAGAUCCAGAAGUACGUGCUUCGGAACCUCACCAUGGAGAUGGGGCCGGCCCGCAAGGGCGACGGCCGACGCUAG